GGUAAAAAAGAAGUUUUUCAACUUUUCCGCCUUUCCCUCUUCUCUUAAAGUUUUCUACUUUAAACAUUUCUACCUCAUUUAUUAUUUAUCCUUCCAUUUUAUCCCAAAACAAAAAUAUCCCCCUCCAAUUCUUUCUGCACAAUUUCUUCGAUGUUUAAAGAAAAACGAUCGUUCUAUCAGGCUGUACAGAUCUGUCGGCCUUUUUUCGUUUCCCUCCUUUCUCCCCUUUCACAUUUUUCACCUUCAAUUCCCCGCCUCAUCAAUUCCAUCUCUGGUUUUGUUGUUGUCCACCCUUAUUUCCGUUCCUCACCUUUCGCACGAAUAAUAUAUUACAUUUUCCCAUAA